AUGCACCGCCGCUCCCAGCCGCUGUUCGCCGUCGAUCGCGCGGGCGAUAGCGCCGUCGCGAGCGCGGUCGCGGUGCGGCACGACGACCCGCUGUGGUCGUCUCGUCUCCAUCUCGCCCCGUCCGCGUCGCGACUGUGCAAGCUGUGCUUCGACGCGUCCUCGUCGUCGCGCGCGGCGUUCGACGGCGCGGACGGCGCGACGCGCCGCGCGAGGUUCGAGCGCGCGUCGCGAGGGCGCGCGCCGGCGGACGCGCUGCGAGAGCUCGGCCUCGCGCCGCUGUUCCCGUCCGUGACGCGCGCGCUGGACGAGGGCGAAGGCGACGUGACGCCUCGUCCAGGCGCCUCCCCGUCCGCUCGCGACGACCCGGCGUGGGACUACUUCGCGCACGCCGCGUCCGCGCACAACCUCGCCGUCGUCGCGGGGAGGCUCCGCGCGGACGCGGGCGGCGGCGGCGGCGGCGGCGGCGCGCGUCUCGCGCAUCAGCUCGCGUCGCUUCACUCUCGCCUGCGCGACGUCGGCGGCGACGCGUGCGAGCGUCUCAGACUCGCGAUAGAGGCGAGGUUCGAGACCGUGAAGCGCGCGUGCGAGGGUGCCGAGGGUGUCGAGGGUGCCGUCCUCGAUGAAGACACGCGGAGAUGGCUGAUGCGCGUCGGCGCGGACGCGGAGGACGCCGCGUGGCGAUGGCCGACGGAGGCCGCGGGGGCGAACGCGAAGCGCGUGCUCGCCGCGCUCGCGGACGGCGGCGGAGGUUGACGGCGAGGAAACGUCCGUUACGUGUGCGUUACGUUUACGUUACAUCACAUGUUGGAGCGCGCGCGCUAGGUGUGCAUCGCACGGUAGCGGCGAGCGAUGUAAUAGACUAGGAAAUAGCAUAGCAC